AUGAAGGCUCUACUGUGGUUUUACUGUGUUUUGUAUUUUGUUUCCUACUGCCGUGGUGUGCCCCAAGUGCUGAAACAGAGUCUGCGUUCAAGCUCAUUGAUUGGAAAUCUACUACCAGUGGACACCUACAUUGACAUACCAUGGCUGGUGUCUAUACCUGGAAAUUGUCAGGGUAUUGUCCUGACUCCAUGGCUGAUUCUUUCUACAGCUAACUGUCUGAAAAAAACGAAACUAUCACACCUGGACAUUUCAGGAGUAAAUAACCCAGAAAGCAUUCCACAUGGACAAAGAAUUUGCCUCCAUCCCAACUUUGAUCCUCAAGAUGAAAACGAUCCAGUGAAAGCAGAUAUUGGCCUGUUCAUUCUGGAAGAGCCUAUCUACGGGGAUGAAAUUCCACUAUCUCAGUCCCCAAAUAUAUCCUUGAAAAGUUGUUCUAAGUGCCAAUACAGAAGCUGUGAUGUGUAUGAAUAUCAGAGUAGCAAGAAGCUUGGAACCACAAGAGUAAAGAAGAUAGACGUGCAGCUGCUAGAUUUCUCAACAUGCUACCAUCAACAUUCCUAUCUAGAGAAGACUGAGGGCUUGUGUAUUCAGAGUCAACCACGAGAAGACUGCUGGAUACAGAGAGCCAGUCCUGUUCUAUGUCUCCUAAAGAACCGCUGGGAACUGGUGGGCCUCAUACAGAAGACUUCAAGAAUAUGUCAAAAUCCCACAGUCAUCAUUAGAACAGCUCCCUACUUUGCCUGGAUGAAACAAUUCAUCAAGCAGAUACUUCCAAUGAGUCUUUCGAUAAAAUCAUGGCAGAUAUAA